AUGGAGGCUCAAUUGGAGAACGGGAACGGGGUGAAGGUCCCAUACGCUGUAACGACAACGAUGGAGACACUUCCAUAUCGAGAGGUUCAAAGGUGUUGUGAACCUCGACAGCAAGGACAAAAUGUCCAUUUUUUCCUUGUAACCUCUCCGAAGAAGAAAAAUGGGCGCUUCGGUAACUACCAAGAUGCGGAUGUUGUCGUCAGGGAAACGCCUGGACGAAUCUCCAGGGUCCUCAUGUCGGACGACUUCAAAAACAUCCCGAGCGCUGGAACGUUCAACAUGGCAACAGAUGCCACUGUUGCCGAUGACGGGACAGUAAGGUUUUCUAGGAAGACGCAAAUUCAACCCGAAGAGGUAACGACCGUUUGCGGUGAAAUUGAGGCCAUGGGCUUCGAGGAUGUUGAAGGUCUGCCGGGCGAGGGCGAGGGCGAGGGCGAGGGCGAGGGUCUGCCGGGGGGUGCGGGCGAGGGCGAGGGUCUGCCGAGGGGUGCGGGCGGGGGCGAGGGUCUGUCGGCGGGCGAGGGCGAGGGUCUGCCGGGGAGCGAGGGCGAGGGUCUGCCAGGGAGCGAGGGCGAGGGUCUGCCGGGGAGCGAGGGCGAAGGUCUGCCGGGGAGCGAGGGCGAAGGUCUGCCGGGGAGCGAGGGCGAGGGUCUGCCAAGGGACGACCUCGAGGGUCUGCCGGGGAGCGAGGGCGAGGGUCUGCCAAGGAGCGAGGGCGAGGGUCUGCCAAGGGACGACCUCGAGGGUCUGCCGGGGAGCGAGGGCGAGGGUCUGCCAAGGGACGACCUCGAGGGUCUGCCGGGGAGCGAGGGCGAGGGUCUGCCAGGGAGCGAGGGCGAGGGUCUGCCAAGGGACGACCUCGAGGGUCUGCCAAGGGACGACCUCGAGGGUCUGCCAGGGAGCGAGGGCGAGGGUCUGCCAAGGGACGACCUCGAGGGUCUGCCGGGGAGCGAGGGCGAGGGUCUGCCAAGGGACGACCUCGAGGGUCUGCCGGGGAGCGAGGGCGAAGGUCUGCCAAGGAGCGAGGGCGAAGGUCUGCCGGGGAGCGAGGGCGAGGGUCUGCCAAGGAGCGAGGGCGAAGGUCUGCCGGGGAGCGAGGGCGAAGGUCUGCCAAGGGACGACCUCGAGGGUCUGCCGGGGAGCGAGGGCGAAGGUCUGCCGGGGAGCGAGGGCGAGGGUCUGCCAAGGGACGACCUCGAGGGUCUGCCGGGGAGCGAGGGCGAAGGUCUGCCGGGGAGCGAGGGCGAGGGUCUGCCAAGGGACGACCUCGAGGGUCUGCCGGGGAGCGAGGGCGAAGGUCUGCCGGGGAGCGAGGGCGAGGGUCUGCCAAGGGACGACCUCGAGGGUCUGCCGGGGAGCGAGGGCGAAGGUCUGCCGGGGAGCGAGGGCGAGGGUCUGCCAAGGGACGACCUCGAGGGUCUGCCAAGGAGCGAGGGCGAAGGUCUGCCAGGGAGCGAGGGCGAGGGUCUGCCAAGGGACGACCUCGAGGGUCUGCCAGGGAGCGAGGGCGAGGGUCUGCCAGGGAGCGACGGCGAGGGUCUGCCGGGGAGCGAGGGCGAGGGUCUGCCAGGGAGCGAGGGCGAGGGUCUGCCAGGGAGCGACGGCGAGGGUCUGCCAGGGAGCGAGGGCGAGGGUCUGCCAAGGGAUGACGGCGAGGGUGCCCGGAGACGACGAGCCUCGGCCCGAAAACGAGGGGACGAUUCUCUGGUGAUAAAUUGUUACCAGAUGGCUCCAGUUGGUGUAGCAGACGACACACUUUCCAACAAAGGGGAAAAGGGUAAAAAUAUGAGUAGGCUGGUUAUCAUCGAGCAGACGGCUCACCAGUCUAAGAUGUAUUGA